CCCUCUGUCCCAUGAUGCACCAUGACCAAGCGUCAAGUAAUAUUUGUUGUAGUGUUCAAAGCUAAAUUUAAAAAAAAAUCCCUGGUCACAUGAUAUUGAAUAGCUGGAUGCUAUUCAACGGCGUAAGCCUGUUCUUCAGUCACACUCUCGCUCAGCAGAGGUGGAGAACAAAGAUUCUCACUGGGAAAAAGGGGCUUUCUUCCUCUCUCACCAAGAAAGAGACACAAACAAGAAAAAGGAUGGAGAGGAUGCAGGGAGAUGGAGAGGUGGACCACCUGGAGCGACCAACCCCUCUGACUGACAAGGAGAAGGUGAUGAUCCAGGACUCCUGGGCAAAAGUCUACCAGAGCUGUGAUGAUGCUGGGGUGGCCAUACUAGUCAGGCUCUUUGUAAACUUCCCGUCAUCCAAGCAGUACUUCAGAGACUUCAAGCACAUUGAGGAGCCCGAGGAGCUGGAGAGGAGUGCACAGCUUAGGCAACAUGCUCGCAGAGUCAUGAAUGCCAUCAAUACGCUGGUGGAGAACCUUGACAACUCAGACAAAGUGGCCUCAGUGCUGAAGCUUUUGGGCAGGGCCCACGCACUCCGACACAAGGUGGACCCUGUGUACUUUAAGAUCCUUAAUGGUGUGAUACUGGAAGUCCUGGGGGAAGCGUUUUCAGAGGUGGUGACACCAGAGGUGGCCGCAGCAUGGACCAAACUCUUGGCUACUGUCUGCUGUGGUAUCACAUCCAUCUAUGAGGAAGUGGGUUGGUUUAAUGGAUCAUGAGUACCUGGAGAAAUUUUUGGGCCAUCAGCUUUGUAAGACUUUUGAAGGGAAACAAUGUAUCUUCACAGUGGUUAUCUGACUUAUCAUGAGGAAUACAGUUUAAUGUAUUGUAAAUAUACAAUCUAAACAUGGACAGAGAGAGAGAAGGGGUGAAGUAAAAUAUUAAAGUUCUAUCUAAUUUGUUUUUAUUAAUUGUUGGUGUAAAGGACCAAAUCAUUUUAAGGGGGAGAGAAAAAAGAAUAAAAUGCAAAAAUGAACCAAAAGUGGACAAGAGGUCACAUUUGACUUGGAUGUGCCUUCUGCUGAAUGUGUAUAAAACUGCCAUUACAUACAUACACUACACUGCACAUAUAAGUACUAUUAUUUCUAAAUAUCAUGUUUUUUCUGAUGUUUUCUUUUAUUGGUCUGAAUACAAUUGUAAAUUGUAUCACCUAAAUUGUAUCAUCUUUUUUUUAUUUUUUUGCAUUUUUAAGAGUUAAUUGGGAUGAUUUUACAAUUUUUCAUUAUGACUCACCUUUGUAUCUGUACUUAACAAAGUUUGAAAUAAAAAAGAAAGAAGAAAAACCCAUGAUCUUACUGCCACG